GUUUAUCAAUGUUUCCUAAAUUCUUAAUUUUUUGUGCUGUUAUAUAUAUGUCAUCUGUCUGCUGUGUUGCAGCGCCACAAUGGGACAUUUAUGAUUUACUUGAUAAACUCGGAUUAAAAAGUUUCAGCGGAUUAUUAGAAGCCACUGGAUUUAUGUAUAAACUGUCCGAAAACUCGUCUGGUCCCUUCACGGUGUAUGUGCCAAAUGAGGACGCCUUCAGCAAUCUCCCGCCAUCAGUGGUGAAGAAACUCCAAAAUGACGGAAACUGGCAACUUUUGUAUGACAUCACUUCCUAUCAUAUUACACGAGGGAAUCUCUCUUUUACCAACUGGACGAACAACAGGUUGAUCCCAACUUUACAAGGAGGUUCUUCAAUACGCCUAAACAUCUACAAAAAUAAAACUGGAGAGCCAUCUUUGAUGUCAGCUUCCGGUGCAACUUUGAUCAAGGCAGACCAAGUAGCAACGAACGGCAUCGUUCAAGUAAUAGACAAAGUACUGUAUAACCUCCCAAUAGACUUGGCAUCCAAUUACAUCCAGGGCAAUAGCAGAAUGAGGAAAUUAGCCAUGUUAUUGCAGAUCAGUGGCUAUCAGGACCAGUUAAACAGACAGAACUUAACACUUUUUCUUCCAUCGGAUAAUGCUUUUGUUGAAACAGGAAUGAACUUUACAAAGUUCCUCACAAAUGUUACACUAACUGAAGCACUUUUUAGGAAUCACACAGUGAAUGAUACAAUGUAUACAAAUGGCUUACGGAUUCUUGAUGGGGGAUUCAUUAAAAACAGUGUUGGAUCAGGGAUCAACAUCAAAGUCAAUCAAGAUGUUUACGUAAAUGGAGUUAAGAUUGCUGAAGAAGACAUACCAUUAAAGAAUGGUGUGGUACAUAUAGUAAAUAAAUUACUGUUUCCUAUAACGAUCCAAAAAUGA